AUGUCACAAUUUGAAUCGUUUCUCGAGAGCUAUUCAGGGGGGAACUUUCCUCCAACAGAUGCAACUGGCUUCAGUCACGACGAAAGGCAAGUAGGUAACAACACAAUGAGUACUUUUAAUAGCAACAGUAAUAAUGUUCACAACAUCAAUACCAAUACCAAUACCAAUAAUUAUAACAAUAACAAUAACAAUAUGAAUAUUAAGCGCGAGGAGAUUGACGAGUUUUUGAACAGUUCGGUUGAUAUCAAGCGACAGCUUUCUCAAUCAUUCGGAGGAGGAAGCGGAGGAUCUACACACCAUGGGGGUGUAUCGAAACCCCAAUCUCGGCGCAGCUCAGUUUACAUCAAGUCCCAGGAAGGAAGCGAUGCUGAAGAUAAUGAAGGUACCGAGGAAGACAAAGAACAGGGCAAUGAAAGAAAGAGAAGGGAUAAUAUCAAUGACAAGAUUCAAGAGUUAUUGACACUAAUACCCAGCGAAUACUUUGCUACACCAGCGACAACUACAAACUCCGCAACGGGUAAGGACGAGUCCUUGAUGAAGAAGGAAGCAAGUCCCAGCGCGGCUUCUCCCACUGAUGACGAUGUGAAUAAUACAGUAGCCAAAACCGGAACGAAGGAUGGUAAACCGAACAAAGGGCAGAUCUUGACGAAAUCGGUUGAGUAUCUACAAAACUUGCAGAAUCUAAUUGACGAGAAUAAUCGGAAGGAGGUAGAACUUAUUAUGAAAUUGGAGACGCUCAAGUUGAAGAAACGAAACAAUGGGAAAGUCCAGGAUGGAGUUCCCAUUAGGAUAGGAUACACCAGCGCGGAACGUGCCUUGGGGGAAAUCGGCGUCGGUCCUUGCUCAGACGAAUAUUUCAAGAGUGUGCUUGUGAAAAGUGCCAACUCAAACAAAUCUGGAAGGAAGAACAGCAUUUGA